AAAUACAGCAUCUUGAUGAUGAAACUCAGGUUAAAGAGGAAAUGAUGGAUAAUAAGGGCAAUUCUAAUCUGCCAGACAAACAUCCUGUCUUCUCUGAUUCUGCCCACUUGCCACUGAACAGGUCCUUCUAUCUGGACCCCAUGGUCACUUUCCACCUAUACCAGGAGGCCCCUAUGCCAUCCUCUUACUCUGAAGAGCUGCCAUUGCUGCCUUUUCCCAGUGACUCCCUGAUUAUGGACAAUUACAGUGAACCCUGCCCCAUCUCCUUCCCAAUGCCUUAUCCAAACUACAGAAGAUGUGAUUACUCCUAUGGGCCGGCCUUUAUCCGAAAAAGGAAUGAACGGGAAAGGCAGCGGGUAAAGUGUGUCAAUGAAGGCUAUGCCCAGCUCCGACACCAUCUGCCAGAGGAGUAUUUGGAGAAACGACUCAGCAAAGUGGAAACCCUUAGAGCUGCAAUCAAGUACAUUAACUACCUGCAGUCUCUUCUGUAUCCUGAUAAAGCUGAGACCAAGAAUAACCCUGGGAAACACUCCUCCACAAUGGCAGCCACAAGCCACCAGGACCCUAUUUUUAGAAUUGUUUGAGUCAGUAUUUCAAGACAGAAACAAAUUUUAAUUUUACAAAA